AUGGCCUCCCCCACUAGCCCAGAGAUUCAGAUGGGAGAGAUCACGAGCCAUGCUGCAAACGAACCUGGUUCGGAGACUAAAGCAGAGGAAUGCACUACAGAAACAAAAAGUACACAAGAAGUGGACACUGAAUCCCCAAAGACCCGCGGGAAUUGGCGGAUUGGUGCUAUCUUGGUUGCUCUGGCAUUGAGCUUGUUUAUCUCCGCCCUCGACCAAACCAUCGUAGCCACUGCUACUCCGACUAUAUCCGCAGAUUUGCAUUCUGGUGGCGGAUAUGUCUGGAUUGGAGGCGCUUACCUGCUCGCCAACGCGGCCAGCGGCAACAUCUGGGCUAACGUGUCUGACAUCUGGGGCCGGAAACCCAUUUUGCUAUCGGCUGUUGCGCUGUUCUUUGUCUCGUCGAUUAUUUGCGCGACGGCGGUGGAUAUGGCCAUGUUGAUUGUGGGCCGUAGUUUGCAGGGUAUUGCUGGGGGUGGUCUUAUCCAGCUCAUCUUGAUCACUAUAUCUGAUUUGUUCAGUGUUAGGCUACGCAGCCUGUUCAUGGGACUUAUGGAGUUCACUUGGACCGUGGCUGGUGCACUCGGCCCAGUCCUCGGCGGUGUCUUCACCGAAUCCAUUUCAUGGCGAUGGAUCUUCUGGAUCAACCUUCCAGUAUGCGGCACGGCAUUUGUGCUGCUUAUUCUGUUCCUCGAUGUCCAUAACCCUAGGACGUCCAUACUCGACGGAGUCAAGGCAGUAGACUGGUUCGGCAGCUUGUCCAUCCUAGCCAUCUCCAUUAUGAUCCUUCUCGGAUUGGACUUUGGCGGGGAUACCUUCCCUUGGGACAGCCCUAAAGUCAUCUGCUUGAUUGUCUUUGGCGCGUUGAUGUCCAUUGCAUUCAUCUACAGUGAGAAGCGGCUGGCAAAGUAUCCUCUCAUGCCCUUGCACAUUUUCAAGAGCCGCUCAAACAUUGCCUGCUUCCUGGUAGACUUUACACACGGCUUCGCCUUCCUCGGCGCAGAAUACUACCUCCCGCUCUACUUCCAAUCUGCAAAGGAAGCUUCCCCCUUCCAUUCAGGUCUACUAAUCCUCCCCUUCAUACUAAGCGAAUCCUUCACUAGUCUCUUCGUCGGAAUUCUCAUUCACCGCACAGGCCGGUACCAAGAGGUAAUCUGGCUCGGUAUGGCGCUCGUCACUCUUGGCACAGGUCUCUUCAUCGACUAUAACACAUCCACCCCCUUGGGCAAGAUCAUUGGGUACCAGAUCCUUUCCGGCUGUGGGUGCGGCCUGCUCUUCUUCCCGCCGCUUCUGGCAUUGCAAAGCAACAUCCCCACCAAGGACACCGCAACCGCAACCGCGACGUUCGGGUUCGUGCGCAACGUCGCCAUGGCGCUGUCCGUUGUGCUGGGCGGCGUCGUCUUCCAGAACAGCAUGCACAUGGAAAAGGACGUCCUGCAAGAUGCGGGGCUGAGUGCUGCCCUACAGGAGGACUUUUCGGGCGCGGAGGCCGCCGCGAAUGUUCUUGCUGUCAAGGACAUAGAGGACUCGCUACAGAGGCAUGCUGUGAAGAGUGCGUUUGCGUGGAGCAUCAGGAAUAUCUGGAUCUUGUAUACGGCUCUUGCGGCUGUGGGGCUCGUGGCUAGUUUCUUUGUUUCUAAGAGGCAGCUUAGCCAGGAGCAUGUUGAGACGAAGACCGGGUUGAAGGAGAAGGAGAAGGGGGCUUUGGAUGUGCAGGAGAGCGAUAGGCCGGUUUCAGGCGUUUGA